AUGGAAUUUCAAGAGUGUAUGUCGCUGCUUGCCUCUCGCCCUGCACAUGCUCAUGAGCAGUGCGAAACGCAGCAGCCGACUGAACAUCAACUUAAUGUUGCUAAGAGCAAUGACAACGAUAACUUUGAGAAUCACACGGAUCUAACGCUUUUGAGCAACCAAGAGCUGAUUGGGACUUUUCGCUUGCUGCAGGAGGCGCGAGUCCAAAUUUACGCUGACUUCAGACAGGGAUUUCAUGAGUACCAGAGGACAGAGCACUUUUCCACUUUCUGUUCACGAAUAACAAAACGUUUCUCAAGCGUCAGUGAGCAAAUUAAUAAAAUUGAGAAGCUGCUGCGAGACGACAAGCAACUAAUUACGGCCGCAAAUUAUAUUCGCAAAAUUCAAUUGGAAGAAAAGGAGAAGCUUCUCGUGACGUCUGCUUUAUUGAUUGAAAAGAUGCGACUAAGUAAUGCGAUAAAACGGGUUGAACUCGAUGAGCCUGAAGUUGCUUUCUUGGAGCGAUCGAUUAAGACACUAAAUGCGAAGCAUAAUGAUUGUAUCGUCCGCAUCAACGACAUUUUAGAUGAUUUAAGCGCUGAAUGUGCCGAGCUGGAUUGUUAA